AUGUGCAAGCAUUUAAGUUGGUUUGGGCGACAACGUGUGCUGUUGGAUGUGCAGCAGUUCGUUGCGAUGGCAUCAAAAACGGUCGUGGUAUUCUCGGUGGGCACAUACUGGGGCAAUGUAUUCGGCGAGAGACCAUAUCUUGCUGGACCGCGAUGCUCGCAGUGUGCUGAUGGUGGAGGAUGUACCAGUGAGGGUUUAUGCGGUAUGCUUUUCAUCCGACAAAUUGUGCGUAUGCGAGAAAUAUGA